GUCAACGCCAAUUCGAUCGUCGUCUAGCGAGAAAAAAAGGCGAUGUUUGGUGAGGUUGCACGAACAAACGUAAAGAAAAUAGUGUAAUCAAUCUACAAGUACCAACAGCUAAAUAAUGUAAUCCACAGCUGAUUAGUAGCGCAACGUUCUGUGUUUUCAUUUCACGAUAGUCUUUAGCUGGCAAUAGUGUAUGAACUGCAUUUAUUUGCACUGUGAAUAAAGGCAGUAGCAAGUGGCUGUUUUUGCGGGUGACAACAUUAUUCUCUUCUCCGACCUUGGAUGUGUUUGUGGGGCAAUCGUUUCUGAUUUUAUGUUUUAAUUUUAUGCGCAUUUAAACAAAGAGAUAGUGUUGUUGUAAUUUUGGUGCUAAACGAAAACGGAGACGAAAGUUUUCUCUAUGUAUUUUACUGUCUAUGUGCUAUUUGUUUGGCAACAGAAGAGUUCACAGUUCGUGACCAUUUUCGGUGGAGCAGUAACAGGGAACGUGAAUUGACUGGCCUCAAACAGUCCGUGAAGAGUAACCUGCCGAGUGCUGGAUUGAACAACAAUCCACCAGAGAUUAGCAGCGAGAGAAGGUUGUGUAAACAUUGAAAGUUAUUCAAGAUGACGAAUAUGAGGCCGCCGAGCAAAAAUAUACUACUUAAAGUAGUCAUCCUAGGUGACGGUGGGGUAGGCAAGAGCUGCCUGAUGAAUCGUUUCGUGUCCAACUUUUUCGAUGCAAACAGUUUUCAUACGAUCGGGGUGGAAUUUUUAAACAAGGAUAUCCAGGUGGAAAACGAGCGGUACACAUUGCAGAUCUGGGAUACUGCUGGUCAGGAACGUUUCAAAGCACUCCGCACUCCGUUCUACCGUGGCUCAGAUAUCUGCCUUUUAGCAUAUGCUGUAGAUGAUAAAGCCAGCUUCCGAGCGUUGAUACAGUGGCGUGAGGAAUUUCUCAAAUAUUACGACGUAAAAGCCGAUCGCUUCCCGUUUAUCGUGGUUGGUACUAAGAAUGACAUACCCCCGGCACAGCGACAGGUGACGGCUGAAGAAGUAUCGGAGUGGUGUCAGGAGCACCACGUUGCGGCAUUCAUCGAAACGUCGGCUAAAACCUCAGACAACGUUUACGAAGCCUUCGCCCUGGCGGUAAAACAGUGGCAGAGACUGGAGAAAUCUACGGAGCGAGAACUCCGCGCCCAGGGACAAGAUAUUAUCGAUUUGACACAAGGUGUUAAUUUGAGUGCAAAUACAAGCAGAUUUUGCUGCAUUGGCAGUAAUAAUAGUGGACCUGUGUACCAAGACGAUGACGAUUAUCCAAAUUAAUAAUGAAAAAUUCACACCACGACGACCGGCUGCUAGUUGUUGACCGAUGAGAACCAGAGUGACUAUCAGAGUGUGCUUGUCGAUUCAAGAUUUGAGAAUCGAUGAAAUGUGAUAAGUAGAAACACAAAGAAAGUAUCCAGAUACAGAGUUAGGUUAGAACGAUGCAAAAUUGGUAAGAUAUAUACUCCCAUAUUUUUAUAUCGACAAAACUUUACAUCCCACGCUAGGAGAAAAGAUAGAAGGGCUUUUGAUUUUAAUCACACCACAACACAUAGUUCCAAAUGGCCUGAGGUGCGACACUGUAUCGAUAUUGACAUGAUGAGUAAUUUUGGAGCCUAAUUUGAAUCUCGAUCACGUUGUUUGUUGUAAUAGUGUAAAAAUUGUGUAAUAUGUCACACAAUUUCACAUAUGCAGGCCAUAUAGAGUGAAGUUACUUGCAAUUGAAACACAUUUGUUUUUUUUAUUACUUUGAAUUAAACCUAGAUAACAGCUUACAAAAAGUAGUACAGUGUAAUUUUUUAAGAGUUUUCCACUUGUCUAUUUGAACGCAUCUCCGUUUGUUAAUUAAAGCAAUAGUAGAAUAAACAAGGUUGUCUUGCAUUGGUGUUUUGUUAGUAAAUUUAAGUGGUGAAGUAAACUUUUGGUUGAGUUUUUAAUUCUUACGUGAAACCAAAUUAAAAGCCUCCAACAAUGUAUAUCGUGUUCGUAACAUUCCACUAAUCUAUAGUCUAGUAAUCUGCUUUGUAUUGUGCAUAAGUUUUUUUUCUGCAUUAACACGGAGCACGUUAUGCUGACGACAAUGUUCCAUCUAUUUUUUCGUUAUUUUCGUCUUUUUAAUUAAAUGUAAAUGUAAUCACUCCAGACCAACAUUUUUUUCUGAAUGAGCUAACGUGGAACAAAAUAAAGUUAUUUGUAACCCACCCACGAGCCAUAAGUUAUUCAGAAAAAGGGCUGCUGCAGUACUAAAUUACUCAUAAUAAGGCCUUUUGUCUUUUCCUUAGCACCUGAGCACUUCGAGUAAGACUAACUGAAUUCCGUAUCUUCAUAGGUAAGAGCAAAUUGGAGUGUAAUUUAUAAUAAAAAAAUUGUAAGAUAUGUGACAUUUAGUUUUACACUUAUUUAAACAAAUUUAUCAAUAAAGAC